AUGACUUCAUCGGGAGGCGGAGUUUAGUGUCCCCAUUUUCUCCAGCUGCGGUUACCCUAGACAUGGCGACUCCUGGCCCCAUGACUCCAGAGGCACCCUUUGAACCAUCGCAGCCCCCAGUUAUUGAGGGUUUUAGUCCCAGUGUCUAUAGCAAUCCGGAAAGCUUCAAGGAAAAGUUCCUUCGCAAGACUCGCGAGAACCCAAUGGUACCCAUAGGCUGCCUGGGCACGGCGGCCGCCCUUACCUACGGCCUCUACUGCUUCCACCGGGGUCAGAGCCAGCGCUCCCAGCUCAUGAUGCGCACCCGGAUCGCCGCCCAGGGCUUCACGGUUGCAGCCAUCCUGGGGGGUCUGGCGGUCUCCGCGAUGAAGUCUAGACAGUCUAAACCCUGAGCCCGGAAAGCUCCGCGGAGAUCAUUCCCAGCCGCAGGAGCAGCCAACGGCCCUGCCACCGAACCCAUUCCCUCUUCUCCCCCGACCAGCCCCCGUGUCAGUGGGGAGGAAGCGGCCAAUUGAUACUUGUGUCUGGACUCUCUGGUUCGGUUCGGUUUGGGUAUCGCAUCCUUCUAUUUCUGCCGCACUUUCUCCACUUCCUACUUAAUAAACUCUUACUUCACUUGUA